AUGCAGGCUAUACCAUCGCCAACCUCGCCUCCUGGUGCUAUCACCACGACUGCCACUGCUGGUACCACGGCUCGUGCCUCUGCCGAGCCAGGAUCUGCGUCGUCGCGGAAGAGCCAUCAGACAAGCAAUCCGUAUGCGUGCCGCGACUGUGGGCGAACCUAUUCGAGGCCAGAGCACCUUGUUAGACACGUCCAGACUCACACUCUAGGCCGCCGCUUUGCCUGCGAUAUAUGUAAAAAGUCGUUCGCGCGGAAGGAUCUGCUGAGGCGCCAUGUCACCAACCAUGAGAACGACUCGCCCAAGAAGCGUCAACGGCUGAUUUCGUCGCCAAACUCCAGCCGUGUGACCCAGGCCUGCCGUCCUUGCGCCGCUGCUCGCGUAAAAUGCGACGAGUCGAAGCCGUGUAGGCGCUGCGUCAGCCGUAACCUGCCAUGUUCUUCAUACGAACCGAGCACGUCCGGUUCCCUUGUCCACCUUCCAGCGAGCGGACAAGAUGCCACGGAGAUACGCCCAAGCGGCGAGGCUUCUCCAGCAUUCGCAGACUCUAAGCCUGCGCCUCAGAGCGCAAUUGCGAGUGCUUCUACACACUUCCAAUCCCCCUUUCUAGGUAGUACUACAACAAGUACUCACGGCCUUGCUCAACCAAACGAUGCUUCCUCCAGAGCUGCCUCUGGUCCUAUGGAGUUGAGCAACAUCCCAUUCUUCGACUUUUUGCGUGAUGUCCUUUACCAGCAGCCAGUGGAUCUGUCACGGGGACACGAGUCUCAAGGUCCCGCUGUGCUGGACUUCUGCGAUGACUUGGACAUGGACCUGACGGACAUGGACUUUGGUCUCCUGGAUCACUGGAACCUGGACCUGAAUGACGGCAGCACCAUAGCGAGCCAGGCUACCCAAAACUCGACGGAAAUGUCCCAGAUGCGCCAGAAUCUUGCCAACGUCUGGGGGGAGCUGCCCUGGAAGUGGGAUCCUACCACCAAGGACAGCGCCUACACUGAGCAAGGCAACAUUCCCAUCGCUGCCAACGACAUCUCCAACGCUCAGUACCAAGAGACCAAGAAACAACUGGAGCGAGUGGUGGAUCAGAAGCUCAACCUUUCCAGCCGCGACCAGAUCCUGGCCAUUGUACUGAAGACGUGCCGCGAUGCCUCCAUGGCCAGCAGAGUGGCUGCCUCCUUUCCGACGGUGGACGUGAUGGAUACCAUGGUUCAGGCCUUUUUGGCAGCUCAUGUACGCCAAGUCUCGACAUGGAUACACUACCCGACUCUCAAGCUGAACUCGGUGUGGCCUGAAUGGAUUGGGAAUGCGGUGGCUGCCGGUGCGGUGUUAAUGCCGGCUCCGACUCUGCGUAAGUUUGGAUUCGCCAUUCAAGAGGCAGUUCGAAUCACAAUACCUGCGCGGUUUGAAGAGAACAACACCGCCAUCCAGAACCUCAGUCUUGUCCAGUCCCUCAUUCUCGGGCAAGAUCUUGGCCUGUGGAGUGGUAACCGCAGGAAAAUGGAGAUUGCCGAGUGUCAUUUGGUGAUUCCGGUAACGAUGAUGAGAUAUCGUCGAAUGUUCCAGCGAUGCAUGUACCCUGCCAUCACAGUGAGUGCAUCCGACGAGGGCGACGUACUGGAGCAGAAGUGGUUGGCCUGGGCGGCCGCAGAGCAAUGGAAGAGCAGGCUUGUAUUCCAUUGUUACAUCCGCGAAGCUCAGAUAUCCAUGACGGCAUUGACGAAUCCCUGUAUGUCAUACGCCGAGCUGACGCUCCCUCUGCCGGAACGAAAGGCCCUAUGGACUGCGAAGUCGGCCUCGGAGUGGAAAGCUGUGUAUCUGGCCGGAGCAGCUGGACAAAACACGAGGGUGCCUUCGCUUGCCGAAGUGGUCAGGAACACGCGCCGAUUAGUUGAGGACAGCGCGCGCAUCGACGUGCAGCUAUCCGUAUCCGUCUUACUCCACGGCUUCUGGUCAUUGAUUCUGGAAUACUGUCAGCUAAGCGUGAUACACCAAUUUCGCAGCUACUCGAAAGAAGGGUCCAACGCCUUGCUUAGUUCGCGACGCGAGGAGCUCACGAGAGAGCUGCAGGCCUUUCAGUUCGUCGUGUCAGAGCUAGAAGGCAUCUCUCCUCAAGAGCAGGUGGUCCUGUAUCUGCUCAUGAUGCACCUUCACGUGUCCCUGGACGACCUGCAGAUCUUCUCCGGCAAGCAAGGAGAGGAAGAGGCCCGCCGCAUGUAUCCCAUUCUGCAGCAGUGGACAGCCAGCCCCGAGUCCUGGUACGCAGUCUGGUGCGCGGGACAGGUUCUACGAUAUGCCAAGCUCUUCCCUCCCGGCACGCUGAAGGACUUUUACGCCAUUGCAGUUCAUCACGCCGCGCUCGCGUUGUGGACCUACGGCGUCGUGUCACGGGCCAGCCAACAACAGGAUAUGCCGUCGCAGUAUGAUUACGAUCCCAUGUAUCUGGACGACGGUGGUGAUGCCACCUCGAUCCGGCAGUUUUUGAGUUUUGGUCAGGGAAGGCCACUGAUCCAGGGACUGGCUGGAUCAAGCUCUGGUGCUGCGCCGGGCGACGCGUCUGUGUACGAUCCUCGUGCCUGCAUGGACAUUGCCCAGGAGAUUUUGCAGGCCAACUUCAGGAGGCCGCAGGAUGCCCUUCCGCCUCUUGUCGAAAAUCUUUGCCAGCUGAUUAAACAGCUUGGAAACGCAGCCUGGGCGGUUGGGCUUGGGUUCGGAAUCGUAGUAACAACGGCCAUGGCCGUAACAGUGACCACGACGGCCGUGGCCACGGCGACGCUGCUCCUCUUCGCCCGGUCGGCGCUGUGGCCGCGCUGGGGCAAGGUGCUGCCGAACCCGCUCAAGACGGCGGCGGCGCUGCCGGGGCGGCUGCCGGCCGCGGAGACGGUCGAGGGCUUGGUGUAUCGGCCGGACGCGUUUCCGGGGGCGAGGGACGUUGAGACGCCGUACGGAUCAAUCCGCGUCUACGAAUUCGGUCCCGAAGACGGUGAAAAGGUCCUGCUCGUCCAUGGCAUCAGCACGCCCUGCAUCACGCUCUCCCGCAUCGCCCACGGCCUCGUCGACCGCGGAUGCCGCGUCAUGCUCUUUGACCUCUUCGGCCGAGGCUUCUCAGACGGCGUAGGCGACCUCCCUCACGACGAGCGCCUCUACGCCACCCAGAUCCUCCUCGUCCUGGCCUCGAGCCCCCUCCCCUGGACCGGCACCGGCGCCAUCCGCCUCGUCGGCUACUCCCUCGGCGGCGGCAUCGCAGUGCACUUCGCCGCUGCCUUCCCCCACCUCGUCUCGUCCCUCGUCCUGCUCGCCCCCGCCGGCCUCAUCAACCCGGAGGACUUUGGCGCCGUCUCGCUCUUCGUCUUCAAGUCGGGCUUCGUGCCGGAGCGCAUCCUCGCGUACCUAACCCGCUUCCGCCUGCAGAAGCCCAUCGCGGCCGCUCGAAAGCCCAAGGGAUCGUCAUCCCCGUCCUCCUCCUCGCCAACCGCCGCAGUCGCCGACGUCGCCAUCCCAGAAGCCACCAGCACCACCGCGGAGCAGGAUAACACCGAUGGCACUUUGGCCGCCACCACAGCUAUUCCCCUGGAGCAGCACGUGCUCAUGUACGUCCGCUGGAUGGUCCUCAACCACGCCGGCUUCAUCCCCUCCUUCAUGUCGUGCAUCCGCCACGCGCCGUUGACGCACCAGCACGACAGCUGGCGGCAUCUCGCGCGCAGAAAGCCGGGCACGACCAUGGUUCUGCUGGCGCGCGACGACGAGCUCAUCGAUGCGGGUGACUACGAGCGCGAGGCUCUUCCGCUUGUGGGCGGCAAGCAGAAUGUCGUGUGGAAGGUCCUCCCCGGGACGCAUGAUUUUGUCAUGACGCAUUCGGAGUACAUUUUGAGGGAGCUGAGUGAGCUGUGGAAGAUGUAA